UCCUUGUUCCCUCGAGGCGGGCUGAGGCGGGGAGGAGCCUUCAUUGUGCGUGAGGGGGCCAGCCAGGCCGGACUUGUUCUCCCUCUCGGCCGCCUCUCGUGCCAGCCAGUCGGAGCCCGCCUUCCGCCGAGCUUCCAGAAGAACCUCGCCGCCUCAGCAGCAUGUCGGGUCGGUCGGUGCGGGCCGAGACCCGCAGCCGCGCCAAGGAUGAUAUCAAGCGGGUCAUGGCCGCCAUCGAGAAAGUCCGCAAAUGGGAGAAGAAGUGGGUGACAGUUGGUGACACGUCUCUCAGGAUUUACAAAUGGGUGCCAGUAACAGAGCCCAAGGUAGAUGAUAAAACCAAGAACAAGAAAAAGGGCAAAGAUGAAAAGUGUGGUUCUGAGGUCACGACUCCAGAAAAUAGCUCCUCUCCUGGGAUGAUGGAUAUGCAUGAUGACAAUAGCAACCAGAGUUCAAUAGCGGAUGCUUCACCCAUAAAGCAGGAGAACAGCAGCAAUUCGAGUCCUGCUCCAGAGCAGAAUUCAACGGGGCAGGCCGAGGGCACUGGGGCCAAGUCAGAUGACACUCAAGGAGAUGCAAAAGAAGAGCCGGGUUCAGAAGAUGCUUCGGAUGAACAAACUUCUCAGUCUUCAAUGGAGAACUCCAUGAAUAGUUCGGAGAAAGUGGAAACGGAGCCUUCGGCGGAAAAUGACGUAACCACAGAGGCAUCUAAAAACUCUCAGGACUCUGAAGGAGCGCCGCCUUCUAAAAAGAUGAAAGUAGAGGCUUCCUCUCAACAAAACGUUGACGAAAUAUAAACUCUAGCUCUUUUUUUUUUCCUGGCCAGUUUUUAUGUAAGGUACACCGGUGGGCUAAAUUAUAGAACAACUAUAAUUAAGUAUCUUCUCUUGGAUGAGGACAGAACUCCUAGGAUCUUUGCAAGUUUAUCCAGCGGAAAUCCAAGAAAACCAAGCAAAGGCUUAACUCUUUUUUUCAGACACUGAAAACUUCUUUUCCUGUGAAGCAAAACCGUUGAGAAUUUUAAGUUAACUGUCUCUGAAAUGGUUGGAGUGAACAACUCAGGAGGGGUCGACGCACUGUUUCUAAUGUCAGAUUUACCAUUAUGUUGCUGCUGUAUUUUUUUUUGUUUUGUUUCCAUUCUCUAUUUAACAUUUUAAGAUAUUUAAGGAUGGUACAGGUCAGGUAUUCUCUCCUCAUGUGAAGCUCAUUGUUCGGAUGUGAUGUCUGCUUUUUGUUUCUUUUCUUUUUUUGUGCCUUGUGUCCCAAAACACAAAGAAACCAGUGCUCAUUUUUUUAAGCUUGUUUUUUGGGCGACGGUCUCCCUUGCAAAGUGGCCGAUGUCUGAUGCCGCAUAGGAAGCAAUUCGCCGGGGGUCCGUCUCCCGCCGUUUGGUGCUUAUUCUUCUAACAUGAGAGAGAAAACCAGGAAGCCAUUUUCACUGUUGCAGGCUAGAGUCAUGGAUUGCAAAUGGAUUUUUUCCUGACGUUACAGGGAUAAUUUAUAUCUGAAUGUGUUGUACGGGAGCCGCAAAGAAUUUCUCCUGUUGUGCAUUGCACAUGGAAAUAAAUGCACGGAAAAGAUAGUUUGCUUUGGAGAAAUUCGUGGUGAAAUCCAUCCGUCGGGCUGUUUUCUGAAACGUCUGUGCUCUGCUCUUUGUUUCAUUGGUGGUGAUUUGGAUAAUUCUUGAAACAUGCAAUGCUUUUCUUAAAAAGUACACGAUUGAUAUAUCUGUACCUGAGCAUUUGGAAGAGGCGUUUGUUAUAAAUCGACAUGCGCGUUAAGGGCCGACUGUCAUUUUGAAUAUAGAUUGGUUUUUUGCAAAACUGGAUUUCCUUGCACUGUUCUCCAACCAGAUCUUGACUGAUGCAUCUUCCAGCCUGUACUGUACUUGAAGCUUCUUUCUGUUUCAAGGGGAGUUUGUAAAUACACUUUUCUUACUUCCACAUUCUGUUCUAUGUUUCGGAGAGGUUUUUCGUGUCUGUGGGCUUUGCGGGGUGACAGGUUGGGCAGGUCAAAACUCUCUGUAAAUACUUGGUGCUUUGAUACCUGUCGGAAUAGAACGAAUCCCCCCCAAAUCAUGACCCGAUUCUCCUUGAAAUCAAGGCACCUUUAGUUGUAGCGGUUUCCCGCGUUCUCAGUGGGACUUGGACUAUGCUUCCUUUUGCACACGUUCAUACAGUUUUCCCCAAUGGCUGUGGAAAAUGAGAAAGACUCACAAAGAUACAGAUGCGUUUUGAGGAAAAAGACGAGCCUCCUAGCCGGGAAGCCACCUAUGAAAUGGUAAGAUCAUUUUUGUAUCGGAAGUGCCGGGUGACUUUUCAAAAUUCGUCGAUUACUCUUCCUGUCCAAACUGUUCACUUGUUUAACCUUUCUUUCUGGUCUUUUCAAUGGUGAAAAUGGCUUGGUUGUUUUUUGUUUUUUUGUUUUUUUUUUCAGUACUGUGUUGCAUUUGCGAGGAAUUAUGGGGGGAAAAGGUGGAAGCGACGGAAGUGCGUUCCGUCAAACGUUUGUGGGAAAUGAAAAAAACAGUUAACCAUAUGCACGAGAAUCUCUUCUCUUCUGACAUCGAAAUAAACAUGGUGAAUCUCAUCAAAAUUCAAUUUGGUUGGAAAUUAUUCGUGCAAACAGAAGUAUCUUAGUGCUCAAAUUGCAAAACCGAAUAUCUGAAAGACGUUAUAUUUGCACAGAAUUGAAUGGCAAUUUGUUUUCUUGCGUUUCGUAUCUGCUUCAGGAUGACGACUGGUGACAUAGCAAUCGAUAUCGACCUUCCUAACCAGGGGUUGUGUUUUUUUUUAUUUUGGAAAAAAUAAACAUGGCUGAUCUAUAAAAUAGACAAAAUAUAUUUUUUUGAAUUUUUUAAACAAAGGUAAUUAUGUAGCUUUGAAUUGAUCAGUGCUCAAACGGUCUGUGGCUCGGAAACCAUCACUGACCUAUUGUCAUGUCCGGUUGUUGCUGCCUCUAGAAGCUUCUGUUUCGUGGUGAUGUCUUUUCCUUUCUUUUUUUUUAAUAAAUAAAAAUUCCAAGGAAGUAGAUAGGCUUUUGAUUUCAACGCUGAAUCCUGUAUGUAAUGAAUAAUAAUAAUAAAAAAGAUAUAUAAAUAGCACUAAAAUACCUCAAUUUUUUCAUUAGGUAGAGAGAGAGAGAUGCAUUGGCAUUACUGACAUGGAACAGUUUUGUGAUGAACCUGGCUUCUGAAUUCUUCCUGUGGCUUUGUCCUCCAAGGAGGCAACAAUGCCUACUGUUGUUGUAUGAUUACUCUUGUCUUGACAGGGCCUGCGGGUUCUUGAUUUGCAGAUGUUGCCCUGCAUUUAAAAGAUCCGUAGAAGUAGGCUUUGAUGAUCCACUCCAUCGAUGUAUUAAGCAAUGCUUGUUUUGCAAGGAUGGUUAUACACUGUCGAAUGAAUGUGUUUUGACACCAUUUGAGCUGUCAUCGCUCAAUACUGUGGAAUCUUGGGAGUUAUAGAACAUUAUCACUCUAUGCUUUAAAGCACAUGCGUCAAACUCAAGACCUGGGGUGGGCGUGGCCCCUGCUCAAGAGGGCGGGGCUGAGCCUCUCCCCUAGUCCAAGAUGCAGGGCUGGGAGGGGGAGGUGGGCGGGGCCACAAAUGAGCAACCAGGACUGGGAUGGGCGGAGUUACAAGCUCUGAGUCAGGGCUGAGCUUCUAUCCCUGUCCUGCGGCGCCUGCCAGGACACAGGAGGCGGGGCUAGAGAAGGGGGCGGGGCCUCUUCCCAAGUGCCUCAUGGGGCUGAACCUCUAUAUCCCGCCCCCAUGUUCUAACAAGCGCCUCGGGAGGUAUAUAGAGGCUCAGCCCUGUCUCGGGCUCUUGGGAAGAAGCCAUGCCCACUCCUCUAGCUCCGCCCCCUGUGUGUCCUAACAGGCGCCACAGGUGCUCAGCCCUGUCUCCAGCAGUUGGGAAGAGGCCCCGCCCUUAGCCCCGCCCUUUAGUCCUAAAAGGCCUCUCAGGGGAGGUAUAGAGGCUCAGCCCUGUCUCAGGCUCUUGGAAGGAGGCCCCGCCCCCUUCCUUAGCUCCGCCCUCUGUGUCCCAACAAGCACCUCAGGAGAGGUAUAGAUUCUCAGCCCUGUCUCGGGCUAUUGGGAAGAAGCCACGCCCACUCUAGCUCCGCCCCCGUGUCCUAACAGGCGCCUUAGGUGCUCAGCCCUGUCUCCAGCACAUUUGGAAGAGGCCCCACCCCUCCCCUGGCCCCGCCCCCUUGCCCUAAUAGGUGCCAUCACCAUCCCCCUGGAUUGCUGCAACACCCACCAGGGGGUGGUAGCACCCACUUUGGGAAUCACUGCUGUAGACAUUAUCAUGACUAGAUCUGUUGGGAGUUGGGAUACAGUCACUUCCGGAAAGUUGCAGUUUGUUCGGUUAAUAAUAAUUAUUAUAUUUUUUAUCUGCCGCUCCUCACGGCUCGAGGGGCUUGAAUUUGGAUACAAGGCUUGUGGGUAGGAUAUCUGACUUUAAAUGUCCUUUCACCUUUCUCCAACCUCAGAGCUACAAAUGCCAUUGGGUUGCAUUUGCCAUUAUCCCCAGUCCGCAUGGUGGCUCAUUAAAACUGAUGGGAGUUGUCAUUCAAUAACAUCUGGGGGUCCACCUGGGCAAAAACUAAGACCAUUAUGUAAGGAAAUUAUAGUUGGUCCUAUAUUUCCACGGAUUCUCCAUGGAUUCAGUGGCUCUUUGAAGGCGACUAUAAGGCUAAUGGGACCCUCAAUGGAAAUGAGUUGGACACCUCUGCUUUAAAGAAAAGAUACAGAGUAGGCAUCUCACUUUCAAUCUGUGGAAUCCUGGGAUUUGCAGUUUAGGGACAAGGCUUUAAAAUCCUCCGUCAGGGAGGUCCUAAUAAUAAUAAUAAUAAUAAAUAAUAAUUGUAUUCUGUGCUAUCUCCCCAAGAGGACUCACAUAGUUUGGUGGGACACCAACCCUCUCUGCCAGAGAAGAUAAAAACACUUGUCAAACUGCAGCUCCCAGGAUCCCGUAGCCUUGAGCCAUAGCAAUUCAAGUGGUGUCAAACUGCAUUUAUUCGACAAUGUAGAUGGACCCAAAAUGACUGAGCUCGGGACCCUUUUCCUGUGAAACCACUGGCAAUGUGUAGUGAGUGGGGAUUGGAUUCUUGAAGCCCUCUUAGUGUCCGUCUGUACCUGUUUCCGAGGAUUGGGUAGGAAUCUGACCCAACCGUAUGUAGAAAUUCACAAAUCGUGUACGGACUGUUACUAAUCUUUUCUCAAAGUGCCUGAUAACACUGAUAGGCUGUUUUGGACGUGGGACAGGGAAACAAAAAACUUGAAAACUACAAUAAAAGAGAUCCCGAUUUGCAUCACUUGAGGCUCAGUGCUAGAUCCGGCUUCUUGGGUUUUUGGCUAUUUGGUUGUAUGUACCUGCUUGGAGAAAGAUAUAUUGGAAAGCACCGAGAAAAUGUGUGCUGGGAAAGGUGUGUUGCCAACGGUGCCCCGUUUGGUGUCUGUAAUGAAAUACCGUAUUGCAGUGUAUAAUAGCCACACUUUCCUAUUUUUUUUUAAUUGAAAAGGGGUGCGACUAUUACGUGAUUCUCUGGUUUCUGUUGGAUUUUUUAAAAAACUGUCUUGCCUUCGAAAGGGGAGGAGGAUGAUCCAAUUUCAAACAGCUCCGUUUCUGUUUGUUUUAAACUACAGAGCCAUUUUUAAAACUACAAGGCGAUUUGGGGCUGAUUUUUCUUUCCUUUUUCCUUCCUCUUGAAGGCAAGACAUUUUUAAAAAAAUGCAAAAUAGAGGCCUCUGAAGCUCCACUCUUCUCUCCUCCCUCCUCUUUCCAAGGCCUUAAGUCAGUUUACAAAUCCUGGAAUGGAGCUCUUUGGAAGAAGGCGGGAAGAUCCGAGUUCCAGAGACCUCCAUUUUAUUAUGUUUAGGCCUCGGAAGAAGGAGAGAAGAGUGAAGCUUCAGAGACCUCAAUUUAUAGUUGCCUUCGGAGAAGGAAGGGAGAGUCAGCCCCAAAUGGGGAUGUGUCUAUUAUGUGAGGAAAAUAAAAAAAUGCCAAUUUUGGCAUCCCCAAAAAUGGUGCACGCGUCUAUUAUGUGAGGAAAAUAAAAAAUGCAAUUUUUGGCAUCCCCAAAAAUGGUGCACAGGUCUAUUAUGUGAGGAAAAUAAAAAAUGCCAUUUUUGGCAUCCCCAAAAAUGGAGCACACGUUUAUUAUGUGAGGAAAAAUUUUUAAAACACAAUUUUGGCAUCCCCAAAAAUGGAGCACGCGUCUAUUAUGUGAGGAAAAUAAAAAAUGCAAUUUUUGGCAUCCCCAAAAAUGGAGCACACGUUUAUUAUGUGAGGGAAAUUAAAAAAUGCCAUUUUUGGCAUCCCCAGAAAUGGAGCACGCGACUAUUAUGUGAGGAAAAUAAAAAAUGCCAUUUAUGCGACUAUUAUGCGAUGAAAUACGGGUAGUUUAAAUAUCCAAAAAAUGCUUCCUUACAUGCAUGUUGGGCGUUUGGCUUUUCCAUCACUAGACAUUCGGCUAGCAAGGGAAACUUCCAAGUGAGACAUGAAGGCCUUCCAGCCAGACGAUUUAAAGCAAAACUGUCCGUUUUCCUUACGCUUAAGGGAGCAAAGUUGUUAAACAUUCCAGAAAGCGCUGGCCUUGAGCAACAAAUCCGCAUCCAAAUGACUGGCUUUUUUGGGGGGGACCUUUUCUUCAUAAUUGCGAUGUUUGGGAAUGUUCUUUAUAUCGAAAAGGCUUGGGAGAAGGUGUAAAGCAUUUGGUGGUGUUUUUUUUUUUUUAAAGAGACCUAAUCGUUCUUUUUUUCUCUCUCUCCAUCUUAAUACUGAUUUUGUGUGUGUUGUACAGCAGUAUACUUUUUCACUUAUUUAUUCCAUCGGUAGCUAUUGUUUGUACAAUGUACAAUGGUUUCAUUUAAAAAAAAAUAAACUUUUAAAACCACAACAUGAAA